UAUGCAGGGGUUUAUGAACAUUCUAAGCUCUGCCUCAUCUGUCAACGAGUCAGAAAUGAACAGCCAUUUUCACCAACCUCAAACUGACAGUAGGCUGAAAAUCCAAAGAAACCCUCACAGCAGCCAACUGGAAGUACAGGAGAGUUCUAGCUUAUCUACUUCCUGUCUGUUCCUUCAGCCCACAGUCCUGCUGCACAGACUUGACCUUGCUGAUAUGCCGUUACCUGUGUCCUCUCCAACAUUGAGGAUAAAGAGUGUACCUCAGUAUUCUUUGACGCCUGACCCAUCCUAUAUAAUGGGGAAAUCUAACAGAAGCAAGCGUGUCAAAAUGUGCUCUUUAUGUGGGAAGAAUUUUAUUGACACAGAAGAUUUGAUGGCACACAUGAGAUCUCACACUGAGCAGAGUCCUUACCAGUCUUUUGAAGAGCUUAACAUGUCUACAUCUUUUGAGGAUGGGAUAGAGAUAUCCCAGCCCCAUGGCACUUCACCCCUGAGCCCAACAACCUCCGAAGUUUGUCCCACUCCAAGACUGUCCUCCAAAUCCAGACAGUCCUCCAAAUCCAGAACAUGUCACGUGUGUCACAAGACUUUCUAUACUGUAUAUUCAAUGAGAAAGCACAUGAUUUUCAAACAUGAUCAGCUCAUUUACCAGUGCCUUGACUGUGGAGAACAAUUUGAGAGAAAGUUUCAUUUAAGGGAACAUAAGGCAGAGUGCCAUCCCACUCUGUCAUCCAAAGCCAGAACAUGCCAUUUGUGUAACAAGACUUUCGGCAGCCCAUAUUUAAUGAGAAAGCACCUAAAAUCCCAACAUGAUCAGCUCCCUUACCAGUGCCGCGAUUGUGGAGAACAUUUUAAGAGGAAAUGUCAUUUGAAGGAACAUAAGAAAAACUGCCCACAAUGUUUUCCUGCCUCAGCUGUGGAGAAAAGUUUGAGGAAAGGUGUAAUUUGAAGGAGCAUAAAAAAGUGUGCUUGGCAGUGAGAAAGCUCUUCUCUUGCUCUCUGUGCAAGAAGACCUUCAUUGGAGCAAGGGGGUUGACCGCACACA